CGCCGCCUUAAUUCACCUACCAUCCUUCUUCUUCUCCUUUUCUCUAUUCCUCCGCCGGCUGAACCCUAGCAGUUUCUGAAUUUCUGCGGCGGCGUAUCUGUUGUAAGCAGAAUCGGCAAUGGCGCAUUCUCUACUUCAGCCAACUAGAUUGCAUUCCUCUUCAACCAGCUCUAGGCAGUUUACUCGGUCUAAUGAGAGUAAAAGAUCGUCGGCGACUAUGUUGUGUUGCUCGCGAUCCGCUCCUAUGAGACUGAGCAGUUUCUCAGGAUUGCGGCGAGCUAAUUCCGUUGACGCCAUGCUGCACCAAGGCCAGCACACGUUCCUAUCGAAGGUGGCAGCUGCAACCACCGUCAAUAGACGAGGGAGGAGUUCGCGGAUGACUCCGCGAGCCAUGUUUGAGCGCUUUACGGAGAAGGCAAUCAAGGUCAUUAUGCUGUCACAGGAGGAGGCGAGGCGUCUGGGACAUAAUUUCGUUGGAACGGAGCAGAUAUUGUUGGGGCUCAUUGGUGAGGGCACUGGACUUGCUGCAAAGACUCUUAAGGCCAUUGGGAUACACUUGAAAGAUGCCCGUAUUGAGGUGGAGAAGAUAAUUGGCCGGGGAAGUGGAUUUGUUGCUGUGGAGAUACCAUUUACCCCUCGCGCUAAGCGUGUGCUGGAACUCUCGCUUGAGGAAGCCCGUCAGCUUGGACACAAUUAUAUUGCACCAGAGCACCUGCUACUGGCAUUGCUUCGUGAGGGUGAAGGUGUUUCUGCACGUGUCCUAGAGGCUUUAGGUGCUGACAUCAGUAAUAUUCGAACUCAGGUCAUUAGAAUGAUAGGUGAGAAUCAAGAUCCUGCUACUGUUGGGGGAGGAGAUAGAAGCUCUGGCAGCAAUAUGCCCACUCUUGAGGAGUAUGGUACCAAUUUAACCAAGCUUGCAGAAGAGGGUAAAUUAGACCCAGUUUCUGGAAGGCAGGAACAAAUCGAACGCGUCGUCCAGAUUUUGGGAAGGCGCACAAAAAAUAAUCCUUGCCUUAUUGGAGAACCUGGUGUUGGGAAAACAGCUAUUGCUGAGGGUCUUGCUCAAAGAAUAGCAAAUGGAGAUGUUCCCGAGACUAUCGAGGGGAAAAAGGUGAUAACAUUGGAUAUGGGUCUCCUUGUUGCUGGGACAAAAUAUCGUGGUGAAUUUGAAGAAAGAUUAAAGAAGUUGAUGGAGGAGAUUAGGAAAAGUGAUGACAUUCUACUUUUCAUUGAUGAAGUACACACUUUGAUUGGAGCAGGAGCUGCUGAAGGGGCUAUUGAUGCUGCAAACAUCUUGAAGCCCGCAUUAGCUCGAGGUGAACUACAGUGCAUUGGGGCUACUACACUCGAUGAAUACCGAAAGCACAUUGAGAAGGAUCCUGCACUAGAAAGAAGGUUUCAACCUGUUAGGGUUCCUGAACCUACUGUAGAUGAGGCCAUUGAAAUUCUUAAAGGGCUCCGGGAGCGGUAUGAAAUACACCACAAGCUUCACUACACAGAUGAAGCUUUAGUUGCUGCAGCACAAUUGUCCCAUCAGUAUAUCAGUGACCGAUUUCUGCCUGAUAAAGCUAUUGAUUUGAUUGAUGAAGCUGGGUCCCGGGUCCGACUCCAACAUGCACAGCUUCCUGAAGAUGCAAAGGAACUAGAAAAGUUCAUCAGGGGGGUAACAAAGGAAAAGAAUGAAGCUAUUCGAAGUCAAGAUUUUGAGAAGGCUGGAGAGCUACGUGAUAGAGAAAUGGAUCUUAGGGCAAAAAUGUCCGUUCUUGUUGAAAAGAACAAGGAGAUGACCAAGGCAGAAACUGAGGCUGGGGAAGGAGGCCCUGUUGUUACUGAAGUUGACAUUCAGCAUAUCGUUUCUGCUUGGACAGGUAUCCCAGUUGAGAAGGUCUCAAUCGAUGAAUCUGGACGUCUCCUCAAGAUGGAGGAGACACUCCACACAAGGGUCAUCGGGCAGGACGAGGCUGUCAAAGCCAUUAGUCGUGCUAUUCGCCGUGCCCGGGUUGGGUUGAAAAAUCCCAACCGUCCUAUUGCUAGCUUCAUAUUUUCUGGUCCUACUGGUGUGGGGAAAUCUGAACUAGCUAAAGCCCUGGCUACCUAUUAUUUUGGAUCUGAGGAAGCCAUGAUCCGACUUGAUAUGAGUGAGUUCAUGGAGAGGCACACUGUUUCAAAGCUCAUUGGUUCACCUCCUGGAUAUGUUGGUUACACUGAAGGUGGGCAGCUAACCGAGGCUGUUCGCCGUCGUCCUUACACAGUUGUGCUUUUUGAUGAGAUUGAGAAAGCCCAUCCUGAUGUUUUCAACAUGAUGCUUCAAAUUCUUGAAGAUGGUAGGUUGACCGACAGUAAAGGUAGAACAGUAGAUUUCAAAAAUACUCUUCUGAUCAUGACGUCAAAUAUUGGAAGUAAUGUAAUAGAGAAGGGAGGCCGUCGUAUUGGUUUUGAUCUGGAUUACAAUGAGAAGGACAGCAGUUACAACCGGAUCAAGAGCCUAGUGACUGAGGAGCUUAAACAAUAUUUCAGGCCAGAAUUUUUGAAUAGAUUGGAUGAGAUGAUUGUAUUCCGACAGCUCACCAAGCUUGAAGUGAAGCAGAUAUCUGAUAUUAUGCUGAAGGAGGUGUUCAAGAGACUGGAAGUCAGGGAUAUUGAGCUUAAUGUGACCGAGAGGUUUAGAGAUAGGGUGGUUGAUGAAGGAUAUGAUCCAAGCUACGGAGCUAGACCACUCAGACGAGCUAUAAUGAGAUUAUUAGAGGAUAGCAUGGCAGAGAAAAUGCUUGCACGUGAGAUCAAAGAAGGUGAUUCAGUUAUUGUUGAUGUUGAUUCUGAUGGCAAAGUCGUAGUUCUGAAUGGUAGCAGCGGCGUUGCUCCAGAACCAUCUCCUGAACCAGUGGUAUUCUAGAUUGCACUGCUUGUUUGAUUACCUGCUGAUACGUUUCUUCUGCACAUUGCUUGUCAUUUGGAAGAUAUCAACCCAGGCCAUCAGUUAGAAGAUGAUUUAUAUGGAGUUUAGUGCGUGUUGUAGUUUUUUUUCUUGGGAGGUAAGUUCUACAUAGAAUAGAUAGCAAGGGUAUUUAAUUGUCAAUGAGAAGGAUAAUAAAACAUGGUGCCCCUGUUUCUCUCUCUCUGGAAUGUCUUGUUGGGGGCAAUGGAGAUGGAAAUGGGAUUAUUUACAUUGAUGUGGGGAUUUUGAACAAAAUAAAUGAUCAAUUUGAUUUUUGUUCA